AUGAGGGACCUCAAAGGCUCGUCCAGAGGAUGGAUGAGUUUCUUGCUGUUGCUAUUAGCACUAUGCUUCCUCGUCACGCCGGCCGGUGAGUUGCUCUACGAUCCAAUGCCAACGAUUAGACUCCCGUCAAGAAACAGGCCCACGAAGCCGCGGCUAACACACCCGAAGCGACGGUAAAGCAUGAGAACUUCAAGACCUGCGAUCAGUCUGGAUUCUGUAAAAGGCAUCGGGCAUACGCCGAGACCGCCUUGAAGACCGCCCAAUGGGAAGCGCCCUACACCCUCGAACGAUCAACGAUCAAAUUCAGCAAUGGUAUCUUGACGGGCGUUGUAUACAAAAAGCUUUUGGAUACGGACGAGAUUGUUCGAUUGCCAAUCAAGGUUGCAUUCUACGAGUCGGGGGUCGCUCGUGUCACGGUUGAUGAAGAGAGACGGCAACAGGGAAAGAUCGAAUUGAGACACGACAGCAAGGUUAGGAAAGAACGGUACAAUGAGGCGGAGAAAUGGGCCAUUGUUGGAGGUACAACCCUCAGUACAGGCGCCGCGGUGGACAAGGACUCUGAGAAGGGCACUACCAGGAUCAAGUAUGGACCACAGAGCAAGUUCGAAGCCGUCAUUCGCCAUUCUCCGCUUGCCAUCGAUUUCAAACGAGACGGGGAGACUCAGAUCAAGCUCAACGAGCGAGGCUUGAUGAACGUUGAGCACUGGCGGAAGCAGAUCGAGAAAAAGGCACCAGAGGGCGAUGCAUCAGCUGAGGACGCCGAAGCGGAGAAGAAAGAAGAAGCUGGAGAGGACGAGAGCACUUGGUGGGAUGAGUCUUUUGGUGGAAACACAGACACCAAGCCGCGUGGACCUGAGGCUGUGGCUCUGGACAUCAGCUUUCCGGGCUACGACCAUGUCUACGGUCUUGCGGAGCACGCUGGUCCUCUGGCACUCCGUGAAACUCGCGGCGAAGGCGAGAACAAGUACAAUGACCCGUACAGACUGUACAACAGCGACGUGUUCGAGUACGAGAUGGACAGUCCAAUGACCUUGUACGGCGCCAUCCCGUUCCUUCAAGCACACAAGAAGGAUUCAACCGUCGGUGUCUUCUGGCUCAAUGGCGCCGAGACCUGGGUCGACAUUGUCAAAUCCACGACUUCGCCAAACCCACUCAGUCUUGGCAUUACUGGAACGAAGACAACUGAUACUCACUUCGUCAGCGAGUCUGGUCUGCUCGAUGUGUUUGUCUUCCUUGGACCCUCGCCACAGGAUGUCAUCGGAGCUUACACAGAGCUCACGGGCACACAACAGCUUCCACAGCAGUUCUCCAUCGCAUACCACCAGUGCAGAUGGAACUACGUCACCGAUGAGGAUGUCAAGGAUGUCGACCGCAAGUUUGACAGGAGCCGGAUCCCAUACGAUGUCAUCUGGCUCGAUGUGGAAUACACUGACGGCAAGAAGUACUUCACCUGGGAUUCGAUGACCUUCCGUGAUCCGAUCGGAAUGCAGAAGCAGCUGGACGAGCAUGAGCGGAAGCUCGUUGCGAUUAUUGACCCUCACAUCAAGAAUGAAGGCGGGUAUCCCGUCGUGGAUGAGCUCAAGUCGAAGGAUCUUGCCGUCAAGAACAAGGAUGGUAACAUCUACGAAGGUUGGUGCUGGCCGGGCAGCAGCUACUGGGUGGACUGUUUCAGUCCGGCUGCUCGCAAGUGGUGGGCUGGACUUUUCAAAUAUAGCAAGUUCACCGGAACGGCGAAGAACACCUUCAUUUGGAAUGACAUGAACGAGCCGUCUGUAUUCAACGGUCCUGAAACCACGAUGCCCAAGGACAAUGUGCAUCAUGGUGGCUGGGAGCACAGGGACGUCCACAACAUCAAUGGCAUGACGUUCAUCAACGCCACGUACGAAGGUCUCCUUGCUCGUGACAAGGAAGAGGAGAAGCACAACGUGCGGCCGUUCAUCCUGACGCGUUCCUUCUACUCCGGAAGUCAGAGACUGGGCGCCAUGUGGACAGGUGACAACCAGGCUGACUGGGCGCAUUUGGAAGCAUCGAUUCCAAUGGUGUUGAGUAUGGGGAUCAGCGGCUUUCCAUUUGCGGGUGCUGACAUUGGUGGCUUCUUUGGAAACCCUGAUAAGGACCUGCUCACGCGGUGGUAUCAGGCCGGCAUCUUCUACCCGUUCAUGCGCGCACACGCGCACAUUGACACUCGGCGUCGGGAGCCGUAUCUGGCAGGCGAGCCUUAUACGGAGAUCAUCACGCAAGCCGUUCGUCUGCGUUACAGUCUGCUGCCGGCGUGGUACACGGCUUUCCACGAGAGCCACGUGACGGGAGCGCCGAUCGUCCGUCCGAAUUACUACGUCUUCCCAGGCGACGAGAAGGGCUUCGGCAUUGACGAUCAACUAUAUCUGGGCAGCUUCGGGCUGCUUGCCAAGCCUGUCACCAAGAAAGAUCAGCCGGGCACGCUUGUGUACCUGGCUGACAAGGAGAAAUACUACGACUACUUCGACUUCUGGACGUAUGAGGGACCGGGCGAGGUUGCACUGUCGUCUCCGUUGGAGACGAUUCCUUUGCUGAUGCGCGGUGGACACAUCAUUCCACGUCGCGACCGACCGAGAAGGAGCUCCGGACUGAUGAAGUACGACCCCAUCACGCUCGUCAUCACACUGGGCAACUCGGGUGAUGCAGAGGGUACAUUGUACCUUGAUGACGGCGAGAGCUUCGAUUACGAGGAAGGCGCAUACAUCCAUCGCAAAUUCCAAUACCUCGGCUCCACCUCCACUCUCAUGAGCGAGGACUUGGCGACUGCUCCGGGUAAGAAGACGAAGGAAUACCUGAAGUCGAUGGAGAAGGUGCGUGUGGAGAAGGUCAUUGUCGUCGGCGCUCCCGAGACAUGGAAAGACAAGACCGAGGUGGAGGUGGGCGAGGAACAGAGCGGUAAGAGCACUGACGCCCGGAAAGUGCCAAUGGACUACCAUGGCAAGGAGGAGGGCAAGGCAGCGUGGGCGGUGGUGAGGGAUCCGAGUGUACAGAUUGGAUCGGGAUGGAAGAUUACGUUUGCGUGA